AUGCCUAGCCUUGCGGCCACCCCCAGCCUCGAUGCUACCAACAUCGAUCUUCUGCGCAAGAAGCUCGCUGAAGAUGUCCGAGUUGAGAAAUACACGCCCCUCGCGCCGCCCGAGCUGGUGCAAUACGACAUCGGGCUGAGCGCACAAUCACUGCUCACCGUCCUGAACAGCCGCAUCGAGGCACGCAACAUCAUCCGGCAGGACUCAGACCGGCUCCUGGUGCUGGUGGGACCGUGCAGCAUUCACGACCCGGAGAACGCGUUGGAAUAUGCGACGCGGCUGCGGGAGCUGGCCGACGAGCUGCAGGAGGACCUGUGCAUUGUGAUGCGGGCAUACCUCGAGAAGCCGCGCACGACGGUCGGAUGGAAGGGGUUGAUCAACGACCCGGAUGUGGACGACUCUUACAACAUCAACAAGGGCGUGAAGGUGGCGCGGAAGCUGCUGGCGGACAUCACGGAUAAGGGCGUGCCGGUCGCGUGCGAGAUGCUCGACACCAUCUCGCCGCAGUACACGGCUGACUUGAUCAGCGUGGGCGCCAUCGGUGCGCGCACCACCGAGUCCCAGUUACACCGCGAGCUGGCCUCCGGCUUGUCCUUCCCCGUGGGCUUCAAGAACGCCACCGACGGCUCGGUCGGCACCGCUGCUGACUCGUUGAAGUCCAUGCGCGGCAAGCAUCACUUUAUGGGUACCACUAAGCAGGGCAUCAUUGCCAUCACCAGUACCAGUGGCAACUCUGACGGGUUCGUCAUCUUGCGCGGCGGGAGUCGCGGGACCAACUAUGAUGCCGAGAGUGUCAAGGCGACCAAGGAGAUGUUGGGGAAGAAGGGCGAGAGACAGGUUGUGAUGGUCGAUUGUUCCCAUGGUAACUCCCAAAAGGAUCAUCGCAACCAGCCCAAGGUCCUGCACACCAUUGAGGAGCAGCUCCGUGAGGGCGAGAGAGGCAUCAUCGGUGUCAUGGUUGAGUCCAACAUCCGCGAGGGAAACCAGAAGCCUUCUGCACGCCUGGAGGGCUGCGAAAAGGGGGUUAGCAUUACGGAUGCUUGCAUCGAUUGGGAGACCACCGAAACUUCAUUGCGCUCGUUGGCGGAUGCCGUGCGUGAGCGUCGGGCUCGGGUGACUGCUGGAAAGCAGUAA